UUUGGAACUAAACUUUUGAUUAAAAGAUAUUCGGAAGGUUUUAGGGAUGGAAUAACUUGAGGUAUAAUAUGAGACAUGCCAUUGGGCGCAUACGCAACUCAAAGGAAGGACAUACAGUCUGAUGCUGGUUUGUUUGUCAGCUUUCCAUGGCACGCAACAUACUCGAAGUACUAUACCAUACUCUGUACACUAGACGAAAUCUAUCCCGAACAGUCCCAAACCUCGCGAGGACAAAUCAGAAUAGCUAACACCAAUAAUAAAAGGUAUUAGUCGGAA